AUGGUUUUAAAACCCAAGCGACUUGCUACUGCAGCAGUAAGAAAGGCGGCUGCACGCAUGCGUGUAACUGGAGAGAGUACUUAUCACGCCUCAGCAGCAGGUGAUUCGUCGCCUAUUGUUGUGAGCUGUCCCCGUGGUGAGUUACCACGUGCGGCAGGUACAUCCGCUGCGUCUGCAGCGGGUACCGCAAUUCGCAAUCCAGAUGAUCCUGAAAUAGAGCUCAUCCAUUCUGGCGAGUCGGAUGAUGUAUUUGACUCGAAGGCGACACAUCACGCCUCCGUAUCACCCGUGGUGGACACUGAAAGAGCCAGGUUGACUGGCUCCGGUAAAACUGGCGGUUUCAUGUCGAGAUCUUCGGACCGAGCAAUUGUUCCGCCGAAUCUCCGUCUCACGCGAGUUCAUCAAAAGAUGGGAAGCUUGGUGAUGGUGGUGAUGCCUCUGAGCAUCACCACGAGCGGAGAAACACAAAGGAUCAAGGUAACACUGGUGUCAGUGCUCAUGCUGACACCAAUCAAGAGGCCAGGGACCGAAAUGUCGUCGCCACGCUCCCAAAGUGGAGUCUUCGUGGAUGCCGCCAUCCAGAGAGUUAAAUCGGCUGGCCGGCACGACUACCGAACGGGAUCGAAUCCCUUUGUUCGAUUGCAGGAAGAUUUUCCCACCUGA